AUGGCAACCGAUCCGGCGACCGCGAUGAAGUCUGCCAAGUCGUCAACUCUUCCUCACCAGCUGUCCCUGAAGAGGGACCCCGAUGACGAGGUUCAAUUCCUGUCGGAGAAGCCCGUCAAGAAGCGCCGAGUUUCUGGAAGAAGGAAGUCCGAAUUCCAGAAUGUACAGCUUCCCUCUCCGGCCAGUCUCCUGGCAGGCAAACCCGCUCAUGGAGCGAGCUCGAGCGUCAUGGAGGCGCAAACGCGACGACUCCCUUCCCCUGCCUCACUUCUGGCCAGACCCUCGACUCUUGUGAGGGUUCUGGAGCCACUGGUCAUUAACGGAUCGCAGGAGACAGUUUCGACAGCUACUCCCUUCAGUUCAAACUUCCCGCACGAAUUCGUCUACGAGAGACCAGGAAUCCGAAUUGAUGGGCUCCCUGAUAGCAUGGACGAUUUCACCUUUGCACGAGCCUACCACCAUACCCCCGAGACUCGAUGCUUCUCACCUCCGAUAUCCCCUAGAACCGUGCCUCGGGCGGGAUAUCCUGCAUCGCGGCAUUCUGAGCCCAGCUACCAUCACCAUCCCCAGGCCAGCCGCUCAUACCCCGAUAUUCGGAACAACGAGCCAAGACACCAGAUGCCUGACCUUCCCCAGAAUCCAGGUCCUGGCCUCGGCAUUUUCAUGCCUCAGCAUUCACCUACGCCCAGGCACUCGAUUCGGGGUUCCGCGGACGGAGCUUAUGACGUCCCCAUGCUAUUCCCCCUGAGCCCAAACUUGAACUAUUCGAUGUGCAACGGCUUCGUACCUGCUCCUCCUCCGGCUCCUGACGGACUCAAAACCACUCUCGCUCCCGAUGGGGAUAACUGGCCCAGCAUGGCCAAUACAGGCAAUAACGACACCCCUACAAACCACCCCCAUCAGAUGGCGAACCCUCCGAGCGUCGACCCAAGCCUGCUUGUGCUCCCCAACUCUGACCAGCCCGAGAGCCGCCAGUCCCAGAGUCACCAGCCGCAGAGCGCCGCAGAGCCAACAGUGGCAACUGGCAGCGAGAACGAACCCACGAAGGCUUCUGAACCUGGUGACACAGCUCACCAGCCGCAGGCUCACCAAAGUGGCCCGCUGCCACCGGUUCGAGACAUUCAUGCUGGAGGCCAGCACUGCGAGCUAUGCGCCAUGGGCCAGCAGCAGCAGCAGCAGCCCCUCCUUCCACCAAUGUACAUGGCGCCGCCAUUCAUGCAGGGACAGAGCCCGUUCAACCAGCAGAGAUCUACUGGCACGAUGCCCAUGGGCAUGUUGCCCCCGAUGCCCCCGCAUAUUCGCCCCAUGGCCCUGCACGCCCCCUACAACCCCCCCUGGGCCUUCGUCCCGGGAGCCGGCCCCUUGCCGGUCCCAGGUGGCCCGCAUCUUCCCGCCGGAUACCCUGCUUUCCCGGGAUAUAUGCCCGUACCGACGGCAGACAUGAUGAGGAUGUCCACCGCCUUCCCGGCGGCACCGAGCUCCAUCUCAGGUAAUGCUCCCUCGACCAACAGCACCAGCGGCGAAACAGCAGCCACGUCUUCGCAGACACCCGCCUCCCCGAAGACGGGAGGCAACGCAGACACCACCACCAGCACCAAGCCCCCGGCGGCAGCAGCACCCGCCCAGAGCAGCAGCAGCGGCAGCAGCAAGAAGCACGCGCAGAACCUCUACGUCGAUAUCGCUGAGACGUGCGAGGAGCUGCUGCCCCUGGCCGACAUCGCCCGGCGCCACGGCGUCUCGCGCCAGCGCGUGUCCGACGUCUUCGCCGCCGUCGUGCAGCUGCCGCUGCUGCGCUGCCCGACCGACAAGCGGCGCGUCGGCAAGCUCGGCGUCGCGCGCAUGAAGGAGCUCAACCGCGGCCGGAAGGAGCUGCUGGCCGAGAUAUCGGCCGCGCAGAAGGCGGCUUCCGCGGCUGCGUGCGCCAGCGGGGGUGCAAAGGCCCAGAUGGCGGCGGCGGCGGCCGGCUCGGCUUCGUCGCAACGACUGCAGAAGCAGGCGACGCCGCCGGGCUUGCACGAGGUCGCGCAGUUCAUGGGCCCGCUUGAGGGUGUGGAUGCGGCUGGUGGCGAGCAGGGCGGUAAGGGACGGUGGUGA